AUGCCUCCCACCAACACCACUGCCUCUCCUGGACCAAGCAAAAUCUUCCCAGCGAGCUUGUCUCAUUUCGUGAUUUUCAACCCCAACAUACGCCCAGACAUACCGAAAUCAGACAACAAGGACGACGAUGAUGAUUUGAGGGAAGCUGCUCAGAUCCUGUUUUAUACCUCUCGAGAGGCGGUGGGUGUGAGUAGAGAUAAGAUGUUGAGGCAGGUCGGGCUUGCAAAAGGGUUGAUGGGAUUCGGAAAUAUGAUAGUUGAAUCAUCUACCAAAUACACUUCAAUCCAUGGCAAUAGGAGCCGUCUGAUUAUUUUCAGUCCUGAACCAGAUUUUUACAUCUAUAUGUGCAUCACGCUCUCGCAUCUGGAUAAUGAGAAGAAGGACCCCGUGAACGGUUCUCAAGGUAUAUCAGAUGAGAUGCUUGUUAAUGGUCUCGCUAAGGGGUAUGCGGACUUCAGGCUAUUGCAUGGACCGUUCUCCUCUCACACAAUACCUUCAGCCUCUCUCUCCACCGUCCUCGACAAGUAUUUCACUCGCUUUGCAUUUCAAUUCGAAUCGACCUAUCUCUCAUCACCGUCCCUCACGAACUGGCUAGAAGGUUAUCCACCGAUAUCACUUUCAGCCGAUUUGCUCGAAGGUUAUCGAUCCGACCUUGAAGGUUUGCUCAUCAUAGUCGGACCCAAAGGACCUCUAUACAAGGAUGAAGCGGAAGAUAAUCCAGCUCUGAUCAGAUAUCUGCAUAAUCUCGUACAAUUGACCCUUCCUCCACCUACCAUAUCGCAGCCUGUACCUACUAAUGGUGACAGACACACGAUGAGCUUCGGCUUGAACCUUGGCCUGGGAGGACUAGGCAGGAAAACUCAGAACAGCCGUAAAUCCAGUUGGACAACACUAGGAGGAUGGGUACCGGAGAUAAAACGUGGCUCUAAUUCUACAUCCACUUCUCCAUCUCCCACACCUGACAUCGCAACCAGGCAAAAGGAAGGGGUAGACGUGGUUCCGAAAGGGAAAUGGGGCUUUGGAUUAGGAGGGAUAGGAGACGCGAUGGGUAAUAUGGGGAAUGUAUUCGGCUUGGCAAGACCGUCGACACCUACUUCUGUACAGGUCGAUAGUCAAGACAAAGAGGCACCAUUAACAGCUUCUGCCUCUCGCGAUGGACAGGAGCGUCUCACAGAAGAUAGCAAUCACCCUCACCAUGUCGAGCCUGCUUCCGUAGUAGUAGAAGAGCUCGAAGCUGCUGUGGAGCCGGAUGAAGAGAUAGAAUGGGAGGGCAAGAAUGUGUGGAUCAAAUCGGUGCAGGAUGGUGUAUACGAGAAGAGGCGGGCGUGUUGGGUAAUACGAAACGAUAUUCUGGUCUCCGUCAUACUUCCCAAAGACGCCGCUCCGCCUUAUACCCUUCCAAAUACCAAAGCCACUACAUAUCUGUUCAAGAGGCUCACUGGUCAAACUUCACCUGAACCUCUCUCUACUUCGAACAACCCCUGUAUAGCGUUAUUAGGGCAAGAUAAAAUGGUGACAAAAGGCGAAUUAGAUGGUAUUUCUGAUCAAGCCUUGAUCAAUUUGAAAUCAGCGAUACAAAACGGCCCGGAUAUACACGAGAUAUUCGCGAAAUCCACUUCAAACAGGUUUUUAGUGGCUAAAAAGAGCGACCAGCUGGAGUUGUACAUGAAGGUUGGAGGAGACGAUUCUAGUCUUACUGAUGCCGACCAUGCCGUAAGGACUUUCAUCAGACUCAAUGGUGGAAUCAGCGCAUGA